AUGACUGGUGAUCCCGAACUCGAGGCCCUCAAGGAUGAGGAAGUGAAGGGCCUAUCAGAUAUUUUAAAAUACCCCAGCGAUGCCUCUGCCAAAAGUAUUGUUGCAGGAGGCAAGAAGUAUUUCUACCUGAGGGGUGAUGAGCGGUACUUUCAGGCUGAGGACAAGGACAGAGAUGAGAUUGUUUGUAUGAAAUCGAAACAGUCGAUCGUUAUAGCCCAAUAUCAUGGGGCGCAACAGGCGCGCGGUGCUCAGGGAGCUGUUGAAAGGGUGGCGGAUUAUCUGGCUUCACUGGGCCAAUAA